CCAACAACCCAUCGAUCCACUCCUGCUCCCUUGUCACUUGGACCUUCACUUCGUUCUGAAGCUCCAAGAUGUUCCGUCCCUUUCCUCAACGAUCCUCCCUUUCUCUCCAAACCUUGAAUUUCACAAAUGAGAAAGCCAACAAGCUUCGUCCAUCCCCCAGUCCAUGUCUCAUCUUCUUCCAUCUUUGGUCUCAGAAUACUCCUCAAAGUACACCAGCAAUCUAUUCACUUCAAACACAGCAGGCUAACUCUAAGGGUUAUCUGUGCAGGACAACCCUCACAACCUCCACAGCCUUCUUCAAAUGAAACAUUAAACAUUAUCUCGAUUCUUCGAGCAAUACCAGAUUGGGCUGACGGUAUAAAAGAAAGGGGUAUGCGACGGAAGAGGGCCUUGUAUGACCAUGAAAAAUGGGUAGAGCAUAGAAGUUCUUUAAGGCAUGUAAGGCAUUUGAUGUCUAGUCUGAAUUCAAGGGUGAUUUUAUCUUUGGUUCCGCCAGUGCUGGCUUUUACCACAGCGGCAGUCAUCAUAGCCAGUUAUAAUUCGGCAGUAUCUUUGCACUGGUUACCUGAAAUUUUUCCUCUUUUGCGUGCUUCUUCAUUGCCUUACCAGUUGACGGCCCCAGCUUUGGCCCUUUUACUGGUUUUUAGGACUGAGGCAUCAUAUGCGAGGUUUGAAGAAGGUAGGAAGGCGUGGACUAAAGUGAUUGCUGGUGCUAAUGACUUUGCAAGGCAAGUGAUUGCUAAUGUGGGUUGCACAACUGAUGCAUCGCUUAAAAAUGCACUCUUGCAGUACAUCAUGGCGUUUCCAGUUGUCCUUAAGUGCCACUUAAUUCAUGGGUCAAAUGUUGCACAAGACCUUCAAGAUGUGCUUGAUGAUGGUGAUUUAGCAGUAAUUCUUAGGUCAAAGGAUCGCCCUCGAUGCAUCAUUGAGUUCAUCUCUCAGUCUAUUCAGUUGCUAAGUAUGGAGGAGGCAAAACGUAAUAUACUGGAGUCAAAAAUCUCUUGUUUCCAUGAAGGCAUUGGUGUUUGUGAAGAGCUGAUGGGUAUACCUAUUCCUCUUUCAUAUACCCGGUUGACGUCAAGGUUCUUGUUCCUUUGGCAUCUUACUCUUCCAAUUAUUCUUUGGGAUGAUUGCAACUGGAUUGUGGUACCAGCUACUUUUAUUAGUGCUGCUUCAUUGUUCUGCAUUGAAGAGGUCGGUGUUCUUAUUGAGGAGCCCUUUUCAAUGCUUGCACUUGACGAGUUGUGUAAGCUGGUCCAUUCCAGCAUUCAAGAAGCAAUGGAUAAUGAGAAAAUUAUUCAAGCACAGGUAAAUGCAAAACGACAGAGUCACUAUAACAAGAAUGCUCCCAAUGGUUGGCCAUCACUGAGAAAUACAGAAGAUACAAAUUGAAAGGCUUCUGAGAAAUAUCAAGGUGAAGAUACCUGUACAGUUUGAAGCCAUCGGUUAUUCGGGAUUUCCACCUCCAACUUUUUGCUGUGAAGCUGCAAGCUUCAGGAAGAAAAUGGGAAAAAAUGGAAAGGCUAUAUUCGGGCAUGAUCGACUGUAGUCUGUCCGUCAGCUUGACUGCACUGAAAUGUUAUGCAUCUUUAGUUACUAGAAUCAGAUGUGAAAAUGUGAAAUUUCAAUAAUUCACAUACGUUUAUCCUCUGUUUGUAAAUUCCCUGAAGUGUUAAUAUUUAGUCUUGGUACGUGCUGUAGUAUAUACGUAAAGAAUUUAGCCCUUUUCCAGCUUCAAGCUUCAAUCGUAACUUCCCUGCUCAGCGAGCAUCAUCUAUGGAA